AUGUACAACUACCGGGAUGACGUUGAAUCGUAUACUGCUGAAGCAGAACUCCUUUCUGCGGUUGCCUUUGACAUUUUCGACGAGACAGAUGCGAAGAUUGGCUUAUGGGCAUAUGGAAAUACAGAUCUCCCAAAAAAUGUUAGUGAAACACUCAAGAACAUGAACAAUAACUACGACGAGCUAAACAAAAGACUAUCGAAGAUGAAAUAUGUUGAAAUAAGUAAUCCGAAAACCACUAGAAUGGCGGUUGACAUGAUUAAUGAUAUGUACGACAGGGACGGACGAGUAAAUUGCCUGGUUUUUCUUAGCGCC